AUGGCUGAUCCAUCUUAUCACAACAUGGGCCAGCCCGAGGACCCUUCGAACCCUCGGUCCCACCUCGCCCUGGAGCUGCUCCUUAUCCUCAACCUGGAGCUGCUCCCUAUCCUCACCCUGCUCAUAGUCAAUGGGCCACGUAUGGCUCCCCUCAACAGCAAUACCAGGAUGUGCCCCCUCAAGCCCCCCUAUAAUGCCGCUCCGCCACAGCCAUUGGGGGACCCGAAUAUGGCUGGAUUAGCUUCCCAGAUGAGUGGCCUAGGCAUUGCGGCGGACCCAGGAGCAAGAACGAAUCGGAAGAAACAUCGGCAUGCAUUCCAUGACAUCGGAACAGGGUCUGCGGCAGCGGCGCAAGGUUUUGACCAGACACCUGCUGCGGGGCCGGAGCAGUCAACCUCGCAAUUCCUCAGCACAGGUUUGAAUCAAGUGCCUCGCGCAGUAUCACCAGGAUUCCCUCAGCCUGGCCAACCCGCCGGACCAGGUCCCACGCAGCCAGGCCUUGCACGCGGGCCCGAUUCUGUGGCUACCCAGGGCAAGGUUGACCCCGAGCACAUUCCAAGUAUCCCUCGGUCUCGCGACGGCCCUGCCCAGUAUUACUUCAACCAUGUAUACCCAACAAUGGACCAGCACCUCCCUCCGCCCGCCGCCAUUCCCUUCGUGGCCCACGAUCAAGGCAACUCGUCGCCCAAAUACGCGCGCCUCACCAUCAACAAUAUACCCGCAGCCUCCGAUUUCCUCUCCUCGCUCGGACUGCCCAUGGGCAUGAUCCUGCAGCCUCUCGCUCCUCUCGACCCCGGUGAACAGCCGAUUCCCGUGCUGGAUUUUGGAGAUGUUGGGCCCCCGCGAUGCCGACGGUGCAGGACAUACAUCAACCCCUUUAUGUCUUUCCGCUCCGGCGGUAGCAAGUUCGUCUGCAACAUGUGUACAUUCCCCAACGAUACACCCACCGAAUACUACGCGCCAUUGGAUCCAUCCGGUGCGCGUGUGGAUCGCAUGCAACGACCGGAGCUAUUGAUGGGCACAGUCGAGUUCUUGGUUCCAAAAGAAUACUGGAACAAGGAGCCUGUGGGGCUACGGACUCUCUUUUUGAUUGAUGUGAGCCGUGAGUCGUACCAACGGGGCUUCCUGAAGGCAGUGUGUGCAGGCAUCUCCCAGGCGUUGUAUGGAGAGGAUGGAGCUGCUGAUGGCACAGAAGGCGAUGAGUCUGCUCGCAGGGUACCUGUGGGCUCGAAAGUGGGUAUCGUCACGUUCGACACUGAAGUCCACUUCUACAACCUUGCUUCAUCAUAUGGACAGGCGCAGAUGAUGGUAAUGACCGACCUGGAGGAGCCAUUUGUCCCGUUGAGUGAAGGUCUUUUUGUCGACCCAUAUGAGUCCAAGUCCGUGAUCACAACGCUCUUGGGCAAAAUCCCUAGCAUUUUCUCUCAGGUCAAGAACCCCACCCCCGCAUUACUUCCUACCUUGAAUGCGGCUCUAUCGGCCCUUCAGGAGACCGGAGGAAAAGUGGUCGCCUCGGUUGCGAGCCUACCCACUGCCGGCCCAGGGCAGCUCUCCGUGCGAGAGGACCCUAAAAUCCAUGGAACUGAAGCAGAGCGCAAGCUGUUCGCAACCGAGAAUCCAGCCUGGAGAAAGACGGCUAGCAAGCUUGCUGAGGCUGGAGUUGGCGUAGACAUCUUCAUCGCCGCCCCCGGUGGCGCUUAUGUGGAUGUGGCGACUAUCGGCCAUGUCGCUGCACUCUCCGGCGGAGAGACAUUUUUCUAUCCCAAUUUCCACGCACCUCGCGAUAUCCAGAAGGUGCGCGAGGAACUGGUCCACAGCGUCACUCGGGAGACUGGCUACCAGGCCUUGAUGAAAGUUCGUUGCUCCAAUGGCCUACAAGUAUCUUCGUACCAUGGAAACUUUGUGCACCAUACUCUGGGUGCCGAUCUGGAGAUUGGUGGCAUAGAUGCAGACAAGGCUGUUGGCGUCAUCUUCGGCUACGAUGGCAAGCUUGAUCCCAAGCUGGAUGCGCACUUCCAGGCUGCAUUGCUCUACACCUCUGCAGAUGGCCAACGGCGGGUUCGUUGCAUCAAUGUCGUUGCAGCGGUUAAUGAGGGCGGGAUCGACACGAUGCGGUACAUUGACCAAGAUGCCGUGGUGGCGGUUAUCGCCAAAGAAGCUGCCUCGAAAACACUCGAUAAGUCUCUCAAGGACAUCCGUAACAGUAUCUCUGAGAAGACGGUCGAUAUCUUCAGCGGAUAUCGCAAGAUCUUCUCUGGGUCCCAUCCUCCUGGUCAACUCGUUUUGCCGGAGAACUUGAAAGAAUUCUCCAUGUACACUUUGAGCUUGACAAAGUCCAGAGCAUUCAAAGGUGGCCAUGAAUCAUCAGACCGCCGGGUUCAUGACCAGCGGAUGAUUCGUUCCAUCGGCUGUACUGAACUUUCCCUAUAUCUUUACCCCCGCAUCAUCCCUAUUCAUAACAUGGAUGCUGAGGAUGGGUUCCCCAACGAGCAUGGGCAGCUCCAAGUCCCACCUGCCUUGCGCGCCAGCUUCUCCAAGAUCGAAGAGGGCGGCGCUUACUUGGUGGACAAUGGCCAGGUGGUCCUACUGUGGCUCCAUAGCCAAGUUUCGCCCAACCUGCUCGAGGAUCUCUUUGGCCCCGGGAAUGACUCAUUGCAAGGCCUCGAUCCCAACACUUCGUCGCUCCCCGUUCUGGAAACACACCUGAACGCCCAGGUGCGCAAUCUCCUGCAGUACUUCUCUACGGUUCGCGGAUCCAAAGCCGUCACAAUCCAACUGGCCCGACAAGGGAUGGAUGGGGCGGAGUACGAGUUCGCCCGUCUGCUACUGGAGGAUCGGAACAACGAGGCCCAGAGCUACGUGGAUUGGCUGGUGCAUACUCACCGACAGAUCAACUUGGAGUUGGCUGGCCACCGCAAAAAAAGAGGAGACGUCAACGAGCGAGGGUGCCUUGGCUAG